AUGGGCAAUUUCCAGAGCUCGCCGCUGCAGCAAUGUCUCAACUCGGUCUGCCAGGGACGCAGCGCCUGUGUGGCAUUUCCUAGCGAUCCUCUGUACCAGCUGUCGUGGGUCAAAGCCUACAACAAAGCCAUCCACGUUACCCCGAUUGCCGUUAUCCGACCCAAGACGGCCGACGAGGUUGCCCAAGCUAUCAAUUGCGCCGUGCAGAGCAAGGUCCAUGUCCAAGCCAAGUCUGGAGGGCAUUCUUACGGCAACUACGGUCUGGGUGGCCAAGAUGGAGGGCUCAUGGUUGACAUGGUCAACUUUCAACAAUUCACCUUGAAUACCACCUCCUGGCAAGCGACCUUUGGUUCUGGCUACAAGCUCGGCCAACUCGACAUGCAGCUGCACAAGAGUGGUGGACGUGCCAUGGCCCACGGCACCUGCCCCGGAGUGGGAGCCGGCGGCCAUCUCACCAUUGGCGGAAUUGGCCCUUCGUCGCGCAUGUGGGGAACAGCUCUCGACCACGUCAUCGAGGUGGAAGUUGUCACCGCUGACGGUCAAAUACGCAAGGCGAGCGAAAAGGAAAACUCAGACUUGUUCUGGGCCCUUCGAGGGGCCGGUGCUAGCUUCGGCAUCAUCACGCAGUUCACCGUCCGCACACAGCCAGAGCCUGGGCAUGUCGUCGAGUACACGUACGGAUUCAACUUUGGCAGGCAGCAAGACAUGGCGGCCGUGUACGAAUCGUGGCAAAAACUCGUCAACGAACCCCAGCUCGAUAGGCGCUUUUCCUCUCUGUUCAUUGCCCAGCCUCUAGGCGCCAUCAUCACUGGAACCUUUUUCGGCACCAGGCAGGAAUAUGUAGCCACCGGAAUCCCUGGCAAAAUCCCCAGAGGCGGCACCCUUGUCUUCAAGGCCACCGAUUGGCUCGGCUCUCUGGCGCACAUUGCCGAGAAGACCGGCAUAGAGCUUAGCAACAUCCCAUCGCAGUUCUACAGCAAGUCCCUUGCCCUUCGCCAGCAAGACGCCCUUACCCACGAGACGGUAACCAGCCUCUUCAACUACACGGGUUCCGCUGAUGCCGGCACACCCCUGUGGGCCGUUAUUUUCGACACCCACGGCGGUGCCAUCAGCCAAGUCGCUGAUGAUUCCACGGCAUAUCCUCACCGCGACAAACUAAUCAUGUACCAGUCUUACGUUGUAGGCCUACCCCUGCGUGAAAAGUCGAGGGAUUUCGCCCAGGGCAUCCACGACAUCAUCCAGAAAGGGUCUCCGAAUGCCAAUACAAGAUACGCCGGAUACGUAGACUCUAUGCUUGGUCGGUCUGAGGCACAACAGACGUACUGGGGGGGCAAGUUACCGAAACUUGGCCAAAUCAAGGCCAAAUGGGAUCCCAAAGACGUUUUCCACAACCCUCAAAGCGUUGACCCAGCUUAG